AUGGCAACUUCAUUUACCAAAAUUCCCAUUAUAGACCUGUCGCAGGCAGACGAUAAUUCAACCAGGCCUGAAGUACUCAAGAGUCUCCGUGAUGCUCUCAUAGAGGUCGGGUUUCUUUACGUAUCAAACCAUGGGGUCUCGACGACAGUUGUCGACAAUUUAGUCAAUGCUCUACCCACACUUUUUAAGCUUGAGGAUGCGGUUAAAAGCACUGUCGCUUUAGAGAACUCGCCUCAUUUUCUUGGUUAUAGUGGGGUUGGGAGUGAGAAUACGGGUGGGAAAGUAGACAGGAGAGAGCAAUUUGAAUUUGCCACGGAGCUGGGGGCGACCUGGCGACCUGGCGUUCCACUGUAUGAACGCCUACGAGGUCCUAAUCAGUGGCCAAGAAAGCAUCCAGAACUUCGAGCUGUGAUUGAAGAUUAUAUAAAAGAGCUCACGAGUCUGGGUGAGCGAUUCCUGGAUCUGGUCGCCGAGGCCCUUUCGCUUUCAGUUGGGACCUUUCAACCGUUUUUAUCAGAUCAGCAUCGCUUAAAGCUAGUCCACUAUCCUGCGUCACCAGUUGGUGACUCUACCGUUUCUCAGCAAGGCGUUGGCCCACACAAAGAUUCCUCCGGCUGGUGGACAUUUUUGCUACAAGCAUCACCUCCUGAGGUGAAAGGGCUUCAAGUUCUCAACAAAGCUGGGGAUUGGGUGAAUGUUCCCGUAGUGCCUGGGACUUUCGUGGUUAAUAUAGGCCAAGCUUUUGAGGUGGUGACAAAUGGCGUAUGUAAGGCGACAACUCAUCGAGUCCUCUCAGGCCCGCACGAGCGAUACAGCGUACCAUUCUUCCAAGGCGUUCGUCGGGAUCUUACCAAAGCCGAAGCCGUUGAGACCUUGAAAGCCCAUUUCGACGGUCUUAACAUCAGCACAGAAUCCGAGGAGGGGCAUGCGAUUGACUCCGCCUUUUUGAAGGGAAAGUAUAAUACUUGGGGAGAAUCGCAAUUACGGACAAAGGUACGUAGUCAUCGUGAGAAUGGUAAGAAGUUUUAUUCCGAGGUCUACGAUCAGUAUAUCAACGACGACGCAUAA